CAGUCUGUKCUGCUUUUAGUCCCACAGAGAGUUAGACUGAAGUCAAACGGAACAAAAACGUCUUUGUGACCUAUUACACCAACAACAAUAUUUAUUUUACAAUUUUUAAGCGCUUUUCUUCUUUGCUCCUACGAUUUCCGGGUUCAGGCUAAACUUUAGCCAAUCAGCAUUCGACCUCUGCAAGACGUCACCCCCGAGAGGUGAAAAGUUUGUUUUUGGACCUGAAACCUGCAGAUUCCUCGCAGCUGGAAAAUGACAGCCGAAAUUUGGGACGUUGUUAUUGUGGGUGCGGGAUUAUCCGGCCUGAGUGCAGCUCAUUACCUGAGAAAACGAGACGCCAAGCUGAAAAUCCUGAUACUGGAGGGGAAAGAUCGAGUCGGAGGUCGAACCGUGUCGUCUGAAAUCCCAGCAGCCAAUGGAGCUGAUGUGUGGGACUUUGGAGGACAGUGGGUGGGAAGUACACAAAAGCAUGUCAUGGAGCUCAUAAAAGAGCUGGGCCUGGAGGUCUAUCCGCAGUUUAACACCGGCAAGAAGGUGCUCCACGUAGGCGGGCCGGAUUCCAGAGUUCGAGUGUACAGGACCAGCAUCCCUGCUCUGUCCCCGCUGGUGCUCCUGGACCUCACUCUGUUCCUGUGGAAGAUUGACAGGCUGAGUGGAACAGUGUGUGUCCAGGAUCCCCUGAAGACUCCAAAUGCUGUGGAACUGGACGGCAUGACUCUGCAAUCAUACAUCGAGCAACAUGCUUGGACUGCAGAGCUGAAGGAGCAACUGGGAGUGUGCAGCAGGUCUGUCUUUGGCAUGGAGCCAUCCCAGAUGUCGUUUCUAUUCUUCCUCAUGUAUGCUGCCGCAGCUGGAGGGGUGCUGGCACUUCUGGAGAGCACUCCAGGCUGUGCUCAGGAGUUCAAGAUAAAGGGAGGCACCCAGCAGCUUUCAGAGUGUCUGUCGGAACGCGUCGGGUGGAAAAACGUCCGGCUGGGCUCGGCUGUGACGGCCAUAUGGCAGGAUGCAGAGUGGGCCAGGGUCACAACGAGCAGGGACACCUUCCUGUGCAGAGCUGUGAUCGUCACCUGCCCCCCUCAUUUGGCAGCAAAGAUCCACUACCAGCCACCGCUGCCAACCAUGAGGGAGUUCCUCACCCAGAACAUGCCUGUGGGUCAUAUGAUCAAAUUCAUCAUUACRUAUCAGACGGCUUUCUGGAAAGAAAAAGGUUUCUCGGGGGAAAUCGUGGCGGGGUCUUCCAGCAACAGCCCCUUCUGCGUUACCUUUGACGCCACCAGCCCACGUGGGAAUCCGGCUCUGGUGGGGUUUAUUGCGGGCCAGCAAGCUUCCCGUUGGGGUCCUAACGAGCCUGGAGAAAGAAGAGGAGCUGUAGUUUCCAGUCUGGUUAAAUAUCUUGGUCCUGAGGCUGCAUCAUUCAUUCACUAUGAAGAGAAAGACUGGGCUAAGGAGGACUAUAGUGGUGGCUGCCCUGUCAAUGUCAUGGCACCAGGACUGCUAACAUAUUACCACCCCAGCCUGAGGAAGCCAUGUGGCAGGAUCCACUGGGCGGGCACGGAGACGGCCACGCAGUGGUGCGGCUACAUGAGCGGCGCCGUCCAGGCRGGUCGGCGGGCAGCUCUGGAGGUGCUGGUUGAGGUCUGCCACGUGGUUCUGACAGCGGAGGAGCAGGAAGCUCUGCAGCAGAGCCAACCCGCCGGGAGCCGUCCGUCCAGCAGACUCCUGUGUCUGUUCAGCAGAAAGGCCGUGGUGGCAGCGCUGACCCUGAGCACUGCCCUCCUCCUGGCUCGACGUUACGAUGGACUGCCAAGGAUCAGAACUUACCUGACAGACACCCUUUCUGCACGCAAGCUCAAUGUACUGCCAAAGUGGUAAAAAAAAAAUGGAUUUGAUGGCAAAAUGUUUGAACAUAAAUUCUCAGUAAUUUUAGCAGAGAGGUUGAAUUCAUAUAAUUUAUCCUGAAAGCCUCGGGCUUCAGAAUGGUCCUGUAGUGUUUAAACAGGUUUUCUGGGAGAAAACAGAGCUUUUGUGCUCUACCCAGUUUCCCAGAUUGCCAUAAAACCUGCAUGAAGGGCUUGGAGUAGCGCCACGAGCACAUUUGUUCUCCCACAAAUAUCUGAAUGAGUGUAAGACGGAUGAAGCAGGCAGAAAAUGAUAACACCCCGGACUAAGUGAUUUUAUCAAUAUCACUAGAUUGCAAAGUCGAUUGAAAGGAUUUUUGAUGGCCGUUAUGUCUCCUCUAGAGAGUAUCUCAAAAGCCUGCUAAUCACGGCGUGGCGGUCUGCUCCUCCAUCGGCACCGUGGCUCACUGUUUAUCACUGGCUCGCGUUGAAUUGGCGCUUUUUUCUCUCUGGUUUGAUUUAAGCCAAUAAACUGAAUCAUAGCCAACAAACUAAACAUGGAUGUUUUUGCACAAUUUUAGCUAAAGAGAAAUGUUUCAGCACAAACUAAAUGUGAAAAAACAGUUCACUAAGUUUGACCCCAUUAGGAGAUUCUGUCAUCGUUGCAAACUUAAGACAUCUGUACGAUCAUUAAAGUCCCUGGCAGACCGGCAGCUUUUUUUUUUUUAAAUCUUGCAUUCCAGUUCACCUAUAGCUUCAAAGAUUAAUGAUGAGCAUUUAAAUAAAGUCCAAUUACUGCUUGCAUUAAGUGUAAUGUGUGUCGUACAACUCGGUCCAUUCAGAAGUCUCACACAGGCAGCUAGCGGGCGUCAAAUCCAAGUCUGAAAGAGACGAGAAAAGUUUAUGUUCGUAAAAUAAUUACCAUGAACUGUUUCACAUUUUUGAGAUUUGACUUGGAAAAUAGYAGCAAUCCACGUUUGGUCUUAUUUAGUUUAGCCUUUAGAUAACUGGUGGCCCGCAGGCCAUAUGUGGCCCUCGGGUGACUUCCGUAUGGUCACAAAAAUAAUAAUAAAUAGCUUUUUGAUCCACCUACAAAUAUGAACAGAUACUCUCAGUGAAGUUCAACAAAUCCAGAUACAGAUCCAUCAUCGACAAUGAACUCUGCUGUUCUUCACAUCACCACCUCAGACAUUAACCUGAUUUUGAAGCGCUUGUUAAAGCCCAAGAAAAACUGAAAAACAUUAAAAGCACUUAUUCAUUUGUAUCAAUUUAAUACAAAAUUGCAAAACAGUUUUUAUAAUAUUUUCCUUUAUCACUUACAUCACAAUUUCACAUAUUUAUAGAAAUAUUUACAGCAUAUUUUCUUGUCUUAAUUACCAGUAGCAGCUAAUUGAAAUUUAAAAUUUUUGCAUAAAAGAAAAGUGGUAAAAAAAAAGACUAUUAAGCAGGUUUAAGUACAAAGUAUGGUUGGUUUCUUUUUUUUAAAUACAACAAAACAAAAACUGCCCACGCCUGUUUUAGCUUGUCAGUGUGUCAAAAUCAAACUUCAUUUCUGCAACAGAUAAAAUAUUGAUUUUUUUUGUAACCUUUCCCCAGAACUGUUUUAAAACACCUGAGCUACAUUUUUUAUAAUCUGURUAAAAGAUCAGUUUUAGCACUGCACAGCUAAACUGAUAAAGUGGAGGAAUAAAAGGGAAAAAAAAACUUUCUUAGAAGUAAGGAGUCAAGGGUUGAAUUUCUGAAAAAGCACAAUGAAAUAAAUAAAAUCUGACUGCAUAAACGUUA